UUUGGGGGCAUAGUCGUCGUCUCUUCCGUCCCCAAUUCGAUCCAUCGACCCGUAGAACGAGAGAGAAAUCGAGGGUUUGGAGAGGGAGAUCGGAGGCUGCGGAGAUGGACGGCGCCGGCGGGAUCGUCGCCGCCGUCGUGUGCGCGCUCUUGGUAUUCGCCAUCUUCCCCCUCCUCCUCUGGCGCCGCCGCUCCGAUGCUGCCGCCGCCGGCGGCGGCGGCAACCACCGCCUCCCGCCCCAGCCACUCCAGGAUGAAGGGGUGGUGCGUGGCGGCGCUGCGGCGCGGCGAAUGCGGAGGAGGCCGGCUGCGGCGAGUUCUUCGUCGGCAGCAUCCACUAGCCGUGAUGUUGCAGAGGACGAGGCCGAGAGUGACGAGGAGGAUGGCCAGGAGGGUAACAAUGCCCCCAAGGGCUCAAGGAAGAAGGAGAAGAAAAGGCAAGAGCGAGAAGCACAGCGUCAGGCUGAUGAAGCUGCACGGGAUUCAAGGAGAACUAAACAAGAUCGUUAUGCGGAAAUGAGAAGGAAGAAGGAUGAGGAACGGGAGGCACAAGAGAGAUUAUUGGAAGAAGAAGCUUUGGCAAGGAAAGCCAAGGAAGAGGAGGCUGCUGCUAGGGAAUUUGAGAAAUGGAAAGGGGACUUUUCAGUUGAUGCUGAAGGGACAACUGAGAGCGAAACACAAGAUGGUGGCCAAGGUUUGCUCCACAAUUUUGUGGAAUAUAUCAAGAAGCAGAAGUGUGUUCCGCUAGAGGACCUUGCUGGAGAAUUUGGCAUGCGAACCCAGGACUGCAUUAACCGAAUUAUUACACUUGAAGGCAUGGAUCGACUAUCCGGCGUGAUGGAUGAUCGUGGGAAGUUCAUAUACAUAUCAAUCGAGGAGAUGCAGGCCGUUGCAGACUACAUCAGGAAACACGGGAGGGUCAGCAUAUCUCACUUGGCAAACAACUCGAACCAAUUCAUCGAUCUGGAGCCAAAGCCCCUGUACGAUGACGACGUCGAGAAGGAGGGGGGCCACCAGGACGAAACCACUGCAGCAGGCACGGUCACAGAGCCCUGAUGAGAAACUUAACCUUCUACUUUCUGUGCGACAUUCUUAGCUGUAUCACAGUUUUAUGCUAACCUUGGGAGGGCCUGUACUUGACAAAGUAGUGCUGAUUUGGAGAUUCAGUGCUGAUGCUCACAUGGUAAAUACCACGAAAGGUUCGAACUUUGAAGAAUGUACUAUGUGUGAGUGUGUGUAUGGCCCAGUUUUUGCAGCCUUGGACGAACUUGUAGCAAUGUUGAAAGCCUGAUUGAGAUGUACUACUAUCGAUCAGAGGCGCUCGGCCUUGCUGUUGUCCUGCAAUUUAAAUGGACCGAGUGAGUUAGUGGGCUUUAGAGAAUUAGCAGGCCUGCAGAGACAGCGAAUUAGGUAAGCCAUGGAGUUAGGCCUGCCUGAAAGGCUGAAAAUGUAGGAGAUUGAUAGCUGAGCUAUGUAUGGACCUCGUGAAAAAAAGGGGGAAAAUGUACUCCCUUCUCAUAUUAAUAAGUGACUUUUUAUUACAUA